AUGGGAUUCAUAAAACUGGAAUGGUUGCACAAGUAUGUGAAUGAGGUGCCAUCGGUAAUUGUGCUCUUCACUGAUCUGGGUUGGGAUCAUCCGUCGUGGAACGAAAAAGUCACGGAAUGUGAAUCGAAAAUUUCUUCCAUCAGGACAAGCAUCGGGAAUCGGGCCACACGCAUCUGCCUAGUAUUGUUGCAGCAAAACUCCACAAUUGACAAUCCGUUGGCUACUGAACGAGCAUCGAAACUGUGCCAGAUGUGUCAGCUUCCCACGAAACAGCUAUUUGCUUUACCAAUAGGUGAUCGAAUGUUCGGCUCCAUUCUGAGGCUCGAAAUAGCAUUUCAUGAGCUAGCGCAGGCUUUCUAUCAGCAGUGUCUGAAAUCGGUUCGUGCCAGAUCAAUACCAAAUAAUUUUCCGAAUCUCAUCAUUCGUCAGCAGUUCAAACUGGCAUUUAUUUCCGAGCUCAGGCAGGAUACGCACACAGCACUGAGGCAUUACAAACUUGCCUAUCAGCAUUGCGCUGAGUGUGAAAUUAUUGAUAGCGAGAUUUUCGAAUUGCGCUCAGUUGCUGGACUUCUCAAUUAUAAGGUUCCUUCUGCGUUCAAAAGAUGCAUUUAUAAUAAUAACAGUCAAAUUUUUGACAAAAGCCCUCUAUACUUGCUGUUUGUGAUUGGCUAA